UUUCGCGGUCCUGAGCUAGACGUAAGUUUGGGCCAACCCAAGUUGAACCAGUGGAGUUGCGAGGAACUAAACACAGAACACUAACCCGCGACACCCCAAACGAGAGGACCAAAACCAAAGACAUUCCGUUGCACACAGAUAAAAACAUCCAAACCUCAUUAAAACAAAACAUCAAAGUUCAAAACCUUUUUCAACCACCUCAAAACGCUGCUAUCUCUUUCUCCACUCUCCCCAACAUGGCCGUCGUUGGCGUCCUCGCGCUGCAAGGAUCUUUCAACGAACACAUAGCUGCUCUUAGAAGGUUAGGGGUGCAAGGCGUGGAGAUUCGAAAGCCAGAGCAGCUUAACACAAUUAGUUCCCUCAUUAUCCCUGGUGGAGAAAGCACCACCAUGGCUAAGCUCGCCGAGUAUCACAACCUGUUUCCUGCUUUGCGAGAGUUUGUACAAAUGGGAAAGCCUGUUUGGGGAACCUGUGCAGGGCUUAUAUUCUUGGCAAAUAAAGCUAUAGGACAGAAGACUGGUGGUCAAUAUUUGGUUGGUGGACUUGAUUGUACAGUGCAUAGAAAUUUCUUUGGCAGCCAGAUUCAAAGCUUUGAGGCAGAGCUUUCAGUGCCGGAGCUUGUCUCCAAGGAAGGAGGUCCUGAAACAUUUUGUGGAAUUUUUAUUCGUGCCCCUGCAAUUCUUGAAGCAGGGCCAGAAGUUCAAGUGCUGGCUGAUUAUCCUGUACCUUCUAGCAGAUUGUUGAGUUCUGAUUCCUCUAUUGAAGACCAAACGGAGAAUGCUGAGAAAGAAAGUAAAGUUAUAGUUGCUGUGAGACAAGGGAACAUAUUAGCCACUGCUUUCCAUCCUGAAUUGACAGCCGAUACUCGAUGGCAUAGUUAUUUCGUAAAAAUGUCAAAUGAAAUUAGAGAAGAGGCCUCUUCGAGUAGCCUUGUUCCUGCACAAGUCAGUAGUACAAGUCAAUAUCAACAGCCCCGGAAUGACCUUCCUAUCUAUCGAUAGGACCAGAAUACUCCCCAAGCCUUUCUUGAACAAUUGUGGAUGAUUUUUUUUUCUUUCUAUAUUUUUCUCGAACAUUUUAUCAUAUAAUUGUUGGAUCUUAGAAGAUAUAGCUAGCUGUUUAUUAUUCUUUUUUCUAUUUGGACAAACAGUAUUGUAUUUAGACUUUGAUGUUUUCUGUUAAGUAGUCAUCUAUCUGCCAAAUAUUCAUUCCAGCUUUUUCUGAUGGUCGAUCAAAAGUAGCUAUUAGCUACCUUUUUGUGA